AUGACUCGUGUCCUCACGCAAGGCGGACUUGCUGGCUUGCUCUCUAGUUCCAAGGCACAUACUUCUUUGCUGGCUCUCGCCCUCGCCUUUGCCCUUGUCCUCGCUUUCGCCCUGACAGGGCGCCAAUCCUCUUCAGAGCCUUUCUUCGCACCCUUUGGCCUGGUAGCCGAAUGCACACCGCCGACGAGCCGGAUGAUUCGAUCGGUCCUUUCGCUCAAGCUGAACAACGAGACGCUCAACCAUCGUCCAUCAGGACAAGGAUUGCCUGCGCGACCCGGCGUCAACCCGUCCGUGACACACGACACUGUACGGCGCGCGUCCUGA